CAUGGUAACUGGGCCAAUCAGUGACCGUACACUGGAGAGAGAAGGUUCCCACUAGAGUGUGGGAUGCUACAGUCCUGACUUCUGGCAGAGAGAAAGGCCAUAGAAGAUAGCAUGGGCCAGUGUCUAAGGCACCCCAUGAGCUGGGAGGAAUUGGAGGAAUAUCAGGCGCUGACCUUUCUGACCAGGAAUGAGAUCUUGUGCAUUCAUGAAACCUUCUGCAAGCUGUGUCCCAGGGGCAAGUACUACAAGGAGGCCACCCUGACCAUGGAUCAAAUCAGCUCCUUGCCAGCCUUGCGGCAGGUUAACCCCUUCAGAGACAGAAUCUGCAGAGUGUUCUCCCACGAUGAAGUCUUCUCAUUUGAGGAUAUUUUGGGAAUGGCUUCUGUAUUUAGUGCCCAGGCCUGCCCCAGCCUGAAGAUUGAGUAUGCCUUCCGCAUCUAUGCAGAUAUUAAUGAGAAUGGCUUCAUUGAUGAGGAUGACCUUCAAAACAUCAUCAAGCGAUUGCUAAACACUACUGAUGUGGGUGACGAGUUACUAAAGAAUCUGAUUCAACAUGUAUGGUAUGACGCUGACCUGGACAAUGACCACAUGCUGUCUUUUGCAGAGUUUGAACAUGCCAUGUCCAAAUCCCCAGACUUCAUGAAUUCCUUUCGGAUUCCUUCUUGGGGCCUCUGACGGUGAAGCGGCCUUGCUGAGAACAUCCUAAGCAAACGAUCUUUGGGCUGCCACAAGGGAGACCUCUAGAAUCCUGGCUACUUCCCUCUCAUCUCUUGAAGUGGAGGGAGGGCUCUGUUUACAAGUGUAUCUCUGCUCUUUUUUAUGAGAAUAAAGCUACAGACAGGUAUUUUCCUUA